AUGUCACAAGACACGAGGUUCCAAAUCAAGAAAAUUCUGCUUACUUAUGAUAUAGACAAAUUCACAAUCACGGAAGAAAACCUAACGGAUGACAAACUCCAAUACUGCCAAUUCCCAGGAACUGAAAAGAAAUCGGGACGCCCUUCUGAACACCUUGAGGAACUGAAAAGAAAGCGCGACGCCCUUCGCAACACUGCUGAUCAGACUGGAAGAACGGGCGCCCUUCGUAACAUUGCUGAACAGACUGGAAGGAAGGAAGACGUACAAGCCUGGAGAGAGCAGUCAGCCAACGCACAUCUAAAUUCCUGA